AUUUACUUACAUUAAAAAAAAUUGUGGCAAUAACCCAACUGGUACCAAUCUGGCAACUUGCCGGUCAGGUCAUAACGAAUCUCUGUUUCUCCAAACUGAGGUUGUUCAGAGGUUAUCCAUGACAAGGACGCUUAAAUCUGCCCUCAAAAUUAAUCUAAUAAAUACAUGAACCACUUCAACGUUAACUUUCAUCACUCUUAUUGAAUGCCAACAAAAGUAUGACACAAGGCUGAUAUUUAUUUCCCACAAGGAUUUUUGUUAAAGCUUGAUUUUAUUUAUUUAUUUAUUUUUUGUAUUUUUCACCUAUUGUUUUUAAUUGUUAAACCAUUUAGUUUUCAAACCAAAAGUGCGCCACGCUGAUGGAGGUGUGGUGAUGACCAAACCACUCAGGUCGGUUAAGUGAAACCAAAAGCCAGUCUUUGUUUCAGGGUGAAUGUGCGCACUGCCUGGUUUUUGGAGUGAGCCAUCGAGGAUAAAUGCUGCAGUUGAUGUAACUUUUUAGAAGACGUUUUGGUCCAAUAACGGAGCAGGGAGUUGUGCACACAUGCCAAGAUGCAGGUCUGUGACCAGGAGCUCUUUAACUUCGACUUCUUUCCAGAGGAUUUAUCCGAGUUCAUGGAUGAGAGCUGCCUCGACCCAAGUGUGCUCCUUAACGAUCAGCUGGGAUGGAUGGAUGACCUCAACCAUGAUGGUACUCUCAUGCAGUUGGAGGUCCCAGAGUCACCAAACCCCAACGGGCAGAAAAGGACACAAAAACAAACGGACAAAUCGAGAGUCAAGAGAAAGAAACAGAGAACUUCCCAGUCUCAACGGUGCGCCAGAGUCAAAAAACGAAAAACAGAUGAACCAGUAACCCUGGAGGUAAACGCUGAGCUGAUUGUCUGUCAGGGUCUUGAUCCAGUAACCGUGCCAACUCUAACAGAUCAGACAGGUGAACUCUGCACCCCUCCACCGCUGGUUCGGGUUAGCCCCGCCCAACCGGGAGCUCCCAUUCCCCUCCAGUUCAUCACAAUCCCAGACAGUCCAGGAUACAAAGUGGUCCAGUUGUCCUCUUCUCCUCCUCCAUCUCUCAUCAGGCUGCCGCUCCCCAGCAUGACAGCCACACCUACGUACAUAUUUGUCCCUGCCACUCCACCAACUUGCAAGCGCCAAGUACCACCACACUCUCCAGUGGACGGUGCUGUUGCGCCUGUUUUGACGAGUUCGUUCCCCCCUGGUUCUUUGUCAGACACAGCCAGUAAAGCCAUGUCUCCUUGUUACACCUCGCCUCCCUCCCCCUGUAAUGAGCUGCCGCCUUGCAAGGAACCACCAAAGUAUCCCACUGUUGUUGAAAUUCCAAAGGGUGUAAAGGACUACAUACAACAAUACAAAGCACAUAUGGCUGAAAGGAGUCAGGCUAUUGAGGCGGGCCUGACCCUGACCUCUCAUUACGUCGAUGUUCAAGUGAUCAGGAGAGAGAUUCUUCGCUUGGGAAAAAACACAAAUAAAUGUUUGGACAUGGAACUUAUCAUCACUGGAGACAUCGAUCGACAAAAAAACUCUGUAGGACACAGUCAGAUCUUCUCAAGCCUAAAUGAGGACAAGUGCAAACGUUACAUUUUGCUUUUUGGGAAAGCAGGCAUGGGAAAAACCACACUGAUCAAGAAGCUGUGUCUCGACUGGUCUAAAGACCGCACCCCCCAGUUUGACUUUGUCUUUGUAUUAGAUGGGAAACAGCUGACUCUAACAGAGCCUGUCUAUAGUCUCCAGACACUUCUGCUCAGCGUUUCCUCCUUUGCUUCUCCUUGCACGGACCUUGAUGGCGUAUACGCUCAAAUCCUUGCAGCCUCUAAACGCGUGCUUAUCAUCUUUGAUGGGUUUGAGGAGCUGCGGGACUAUGAAAUGCUGCUCCAGACUCUAGAAAAAGAAUUAGUGACGUCAUUGCAGAAGGACAGCAAGUUGCAGAGCUUCACAAUAAGGCAGUUGUUCUCAGCCAUCCUUCAGAGGGUCUUGCUUCCAGGUUGCACUCUUCUACUCGUUACCCGGCCAAGAGGUGCUGCCAGUCAGUUACUCCGGCGAGCAGACAGCCUUCUGGAGCUGUCUGGCUUCACCACAACACACAUAGAGACGUACUUGUCGAAGUACUUCCCUGAUUCUGAGCUCAGAGAUGCUGCAGUGGAUCACUUGAAAUCCAGCAGCUAUCUAAAUCUCCUCUGCUGGAACCCUGGAUUGUGCCACCUAGUGUGCACGGUUUUAGAACGGUCCAAAUGUUCAGAGGCCUUACCAAGAACAUUGACCGGCCUCUGUCAUCAAGUUAUAUGUCUGAAAAUAGAAAAAGACAGAAGUGCAGGAACGCCUGAUGAAAGCCAAACAGAAGAACAAUCAGGACACGAAACGCAAUCAAAGGUCAUAGACAGUUGUCGUGCAAGAAGGUCUCUAAGAAGUCAUUCGACGAGCUCAAGAGGAGCUGGAUGUGCCCAAAGAGCUAAGAGAACAAAAAGACAGGAGAAACAGCAAGAGACGGUGAAUGAGGAUGACUGUCAGGAAGCAGAAAAAGAGCUGCUGUCCCAACUCAGCUCUUUGGCCUGGGAGGGGGUCAAAUCCAACAAAUCAAACUCUUCCAUCCUUCCUGCAGAACAAGCACUAUCAACCAAACUCAGGGAGUUUGGCCUGAGGACGGGACUGCUGGUCUCUCAGCGCCUGAGGACAAAGACGGACAAAAGGGGGAGGGAGGGGCAAGACGGGGAAGGAGGGGGGAAAGAAGACAAAAAUGAAAGUGGAGGAGUGGAGGAUGGAGAGGAAAAAGUAAAAGAGAUGGACAUUAAUGCUGUGGAUGAUGGUGGUGACCUUCUGCUGUGGGCCAACUCCUUCCUUCGGAGUUUCAUGGCUGCUGUUCACCUGUCUUUAUCAAGAACGGUGCCAGAGCGUUCCUUUCUCCAGAUUCUCCCUUUCCAGACGAGUGCAAAAGCCCGCCGAAAACCUCAAAGGGGGGAGUUUGAGCUCACUCAGCGGUUUGCAGUUGGACUCUUGUUCCAAAGCAGGACAGAACUGAACAGACUCCAUUCGUACACAGAGACCGUCUUCAGAGACAUGGUGGCUAGCAAGCAGGCUUUAGUGACCAAACACUUAGAAGGCCUCUCCUUCAGUGAUCUGAGCCCGGCUCAGGUUCUGGAGCUGUGCAACUACGUUCACGAAACCGGUUUUACACACGAAGAGAGCUGCGGAGAGACUGGAAGCAGAAUGCUGAACCAUCUGGCAGCAAAUCUUCCUGAACGCCUGACUUUCCGUGGAGUUCCCCUCAGCCCACCAGAAACGUUCAUCGUGCAGAAUGCUCUCAAGCGAGGUGGAGCUGAAGUUCGAAGUUUCUGUCUGGAUUUGGAGGACUCGGGGAUACAGAUCCGUGGACUUAGAGAUUUGGUGGGCCUCAGCAACAUCAACACGUACAGGGCGUGCAUUGCUGAUGUCAUCACCCUCUGGGAGCAGCUGAAGCAGAGCGGUGAAGACGAAUUCCUACAAGGAGCAGUGUCCAAGUUCAAAAUCCAUCCUCUGAAAGCUACACAAGUGUGUCACAUUGAGCACCUGGAAAAACUGGUCAGCAUACAUGUGCGUAAGAAGCUGUCAGCGAGCUCCAGCCAAUCAGAUUCCUUCUUGGCAGACGGGGUGCCAGCAGUUAGGGAGUUGCUCAAACUGGAAUUUGAGCUUGGCCCAGAAAACGGCCCAUUGGUUCUCCCCAAGCUUUGGGACCUUCUGCCGGGACUACAAAACCUGCAGCACCUUGAUCUAGAGAAGAGUAAGAUUGGGGACAAAGGAGCAGAGAAACUGGCCGAUGCAUUAGUUACUCUGAGCUCUCUGGAGAUACUAAAUCUGUCGCAGAAUUGUAUAGGAGAUGAAGGAGUGAAGAAGCUAGCACUCACAUUUAAAGAGCUACCCAAACUCCACUGUUUAAGUCUUUACAGCAAUGUGAUUUCUGACGAAGGUGCAGAGUGUUUAGCAGCUGUCCUCCCACACAUGGCGUCUCUCACAGAGCUUGAUGUGAAGUACAACAAGAUGACAGACGUUGGUGCUCAGAUUCUGGGAGCAAGUUUGAAAAACUGCACAAAAAUGAAGACAUUGAGGAUGUGGAACCAGUGUAUUCCUUACGGCAUGUUCGAGAGACUUCAGCAGCAGGAUAGCCGCAUCCUUUGGCAUUAAGACCUUUCUCUGCCUUUGCAUGAAUCUAGGAUCUGAUGCAUGCGUGUGAACACUACACGCUGGGUGUUCUGAAGCCCGUGCACUGUGACAUGCGCACAGAGAGAGAUUGCACUACGACGAGCAGUCGCUGCUUCACUCAUCAGGUUGAUUUUGCCUGUUUUAUUAGAGCUAUGAGCAGAUUCACAGAGCUGCUAUCCGAGUGUGUUUUAUAUAAACUUAAGAGGCAAAUUUGCACAAUAACUUAGAUUUUAAUUAACACGUCUAGUUGUAGAUAAUGUAUAAAGACUUGCUGUGAUGUGUGAACAUAUUUCUGGCUCUAAAAUGGACUUCUUCUCACUUGAUACUUUUUUAUAUAAACCUAAUUUUUUUAUGUUUCUGUCACACGUUUAUUUUGUUUCCACCACACCAGUUGCUUUAUUAACACCCACAGCCCCCCACUUUUCACUUCCUCCCGCUGUAGUUUUCUGUUCCCGUUUACACAGACUGACCUUUCUGAACACGGAGAUGUUUGAGCUUCCUCGCGGUUAAACGACUUACCCGUCUUGUUUUUCAAGCAUUACACCCAAAAUUUUAAUGCACUCAUUUAUAAUCAAAUCAAAUUAUUGUUGUUAACCAACGAUAGCAUCCUGGAUGAUUCUAAAUACCUCUUUUGUAAAAUAAUAAUAAUGAUUGCACUAAUCUGUGGAAUGAAUUAUGUUCAAAAUAAUUUUGUUUGAAUUUCCACUCAUAAAACAUCAUGCCAUGUAUUUUCUGCAUUGCCACUAGAACCAUUGUGGUCCACCGGCUUCCUCUUGUGACCGAAUCAAGUAACAGCAACAACAUGAGAACAUUUAUUUACAGUGGAGUCACUGAGGGACCAAUGGGUGGCACUCAAAGUUUAUUAAAUACGGAUCAGAAAAUAAAACUGGCACAAGGUUCAGCGAAUGGAUACAGCUGCUACAGUGUAGAUGUGGACGUGACUGCAGUUCGGAGUCAAUAAACACAAAAUUCUAAAGAUUUAAACUGUAAAAUAACCAAAAAUGAUGCUACUUUGUAAUUUCACAUUGCAACUUUUUGUUGACAUCAAUUCAAAAUAAAUGUUUCUACUUUAAUGUAUUGUUUCCUUGUAAAAUGCAUUUUUUUCACAUUUUAUCCAAAACCCAGGUUUGACUUUAAAAUGUUCGUAUUAGUUUGCAGACGAACGUCUGAAACGGCCACUAAUAAUAAAAAUAACAUGUUACGCAUUUAGUCAAUCUAUUAACAAAAAUAUGCAAAAACUAUUGACCAAUUAGAACCAUUUACAUAACUUUCUGAUCAAACUCUACAAAUUUACAAUAAUUAAUAAGCAGUAUCCUGAGCAUUUAUUUUGCGAGCAACUUUUAUCGUGCCCAAAAAAAUUGCAAAAAUUUGUUAUAAAAAAUGUUGCUUCAUGGCAUUUUGAAAUAAAACAAAACAGCUUUUAGUGUUUUGAUUGUUUAAAUGUAUAAAACUAUGGUAACAGUUUGGUAUCAGGAACUUUAUACGUCAAUAUUCUUGCCUUAAACAACAUUUGAACAUCACAUUACACUGGAUUACUUUCUGGUUGCCCUCUCAGCUGAGUAGGUUUUAAAUCCAAAGAAAGAUUAAAACGUUUGACCAAAAAAAUAAUAAUAA